UGCGAGGCAAAGCUUAGGUUGCCCUAAUUGUAUGAUUUUGCCUUUGGCGCCGGCUUUUUUCCACCUCCUUUUCCUUCCACGGCGGUGGUCGAAUGUUCCCCAAAUUCAAAACCCUAAUUUCAAAAACCUAAUCUCAUCAGUUUCGAUUGGAGCAGGUGCAACAUGACCAAUGAGAUCGGGCAGAAGCCUCCCCCUUCGAUUCUCGUGGCUCGAUUCAAGGCUUUGCUUAAGCAACGCGAGGAUGAACUGGGGCUGAGGGCUUCAGGUGAAGCGUCGCCACCCACCACUGAAGAAAUUGUUCGGAUUUACGAGGAGUUGUUGUCGGAACUCACCUCCAAUGUGAAGCCCAUUAUCACCGAUCUUACCAUCGUCGCGGAGCAGCAGAGGGACCAUGCCAAAGGCAUUGCUGAUGCUAUUUGCGCUCGGAUUCUUGAGGUGCCUGCAGAUCAAAAGCUUCCUUCACUCUAUCUGUUGGACAGUAUUGUGAAGAAUUUUGGCCAGGAAUAUAUCAGAUACUUCUCUUUACAUCUACCGGAAGUUUUCUGCGUGGCAUACAGACAGGUUCGGCCUAAUUCGCAUUCUGCUAUGCGACAUCUCUUUGGUACGUGGUCAAAAGUCUUCCAUCCCUCUGUCCUACGGAAGAUUGAAGCUCAAUUGCAAUUUUCUCAAGCAAUUAAUAAUCAACAAUCCAGUGUUAAUCCCCUCAGGACUUCUGAAUCUGCUCGACCAAGUAACGGGAUACAUGUUAAUCCAAAAUACUUACGACAGAUGGAACACUCUAGUUCAAUUAUGGAUAGUGUUGGAGGUGAAAGGUUGGACUUAACAGGAACUGUAGGUAAUACAAAUUUUGGCCCUGUAGCUAGUAAGAACCAUCAAUUUGUGCCUAGUAGGUCUGGAAGAUCCUCUUCACCUUCAAGAACUGGACUAAAUAGGGCUUCAUCUGCAUGUAUGGAUGAAUAUGCAGCUGACAAUUCUGUUGGCAGGACAGUUGAGAGUGAGUCUCCUCAUCCUGCAGUUGAUUAUGGAGUAGCUAAAGCAUUAGGGAGAGAAGAAGAGUUGAUUGAGUGGCAUCAAAAGCAGUUUUCUGGUGAUGGUCGGAACAGAUUUCAAACUUCCAUGACAUACAGUCUUAGUAAUGGACAACAGCGUCAAAGUCCACGAGCUCUAAUUGAUGCAUAUGGCAGUGACAAAAGCCAAGAAACUUCCAGCAGUAAGCCUUUGUUAGUUGAAUUGCUGGAUAGAAAUGGUAUAGACAAGGUUUCGACAACAUCAUGGCAGAAUACGGAAGAGGAGGAAUUUGAUUGGGAAGAUAUGAGUCCAACAUUAGUAGACCAUAAUAGAAAUAAUGGUUUCCUGAAACCAACUAUUGGUUUCUCCGCGGAAAGGCCUGUUAUUGUUGCAGCUAAUGCAACCUCUUCAGAUCAAGAUACCAGGAAGGGCUGGUCUAGUGGGUCUCAGUUUCCUCCAGUGGAUGAUUCCUCUGUUACAGCAGAAGAUGCAUUUGCCUCUUCAGCUUAUGGUCGUGUAUCACGGGGUCAGGUGUCUGGAUUCCAGAAUCAAAUAAAUGAGAGUCCGGGGUCAGGUCAACAUCUAGAUGCUUGGAAGAUUUCUAAUCAUCUGUCUAAUUCUUCACAACACCUCUUUAAUAUUAGGGGACGAGAUAGGAAUCUUCUGAUGCCUCCUAUUCAUAAAAUUCCAAAUACUGAUGUAAACCCAUAUGGGACUCGACUGGCUGUGUCAAGGAUUGUUCCUGGUCUCAAGUCUAACAUGGAGGGUCAUCUGCCAGUUUUGCCACCAUCUUUUGAAAUGAGGCCUUCUGUAAAUGUGUAUACUGCACGUCCGUCCAACUUAAAUCCUAUAUUUCCAUUGCAAAAUCAUGCUCGGACUCAAUUCGAAUCAAUAAAUGGUAAUAAUUCCAUUGUGAGUCAUGGUCCAAAUAAAUCUUUGCCUAUGCGCGAACAGUUGUUGGACAGUGUUGAUAACAAAGAUAUCAGUAAAGGAAACCGACAUCCACUGCCUAAUCAUCUAGCUGGCCCGAUAACAUCUUCCCACCGAAAUCGUGGACAAGUACCACAAGUACAGUUUCUUCCAUCUCAGGAUCCAGCAGCAUCACAAUUUAGUCGUGGGAGCUCUUUGCAAGGACAGAGUGCUUCUAUGAGUACACUACCGCUACCUGUUAUGCAAUUCCCUCCGAGCCAAAGUAUUGCAAAUAACUCGUUACGUUUACAGGGGGGAGCCUUGCCACCUUUACCUAAUUCUCACCUUCCUGCUCCAUCACAAAUGGUACCUCAUCAUAAUGCUAGUCCUUCGGUGUCAAGUCAACAGCCAACUCUUGCAUAUUCUAAUUUGAUUAAUUCACUCAUGGCCCAAGGUAUAAUCUCAUUGACUAAUCAGCCACCUGGACAGGAUUCUGUUGGAAUUGAGUUUAAUCCAGAUAUUCUGAAGGUUCGUCAUGAAUCUGCAGUCAGUGCGUUAUAUGGUGAUCUACCCAGACAAUGCACAACGUGUGGUCUCCGAUUUAAAUGCCAAGAUGAGCACAGUAGUCACAUGGAUUGGCAUGUGACUAAGAACCGAAUGUCUAAAAACCGUAAGCAGAAGCUCUCUCGUAAGUGGUUUGUGAGUGAGAGGAUGUGGCUUAGCGGUGCAGAGGCAUUGGGAACAGAGUCGAUUCCUGGUUUUUUGCCAACUGAGACCAUUGAGGUAAAGAAGGAAGAUGAAGAGUUGGCUGUUCCUGCUGAAGAGGACCAGAAUACAUGUGCAUUAUGUGGAGAGCCUUUCGAUGAGUUUUACAGUGAUGAAACGGAGGAGUGGAUGUAUAGAGGAGCUGUAUAUCUUAAUGCACCCGAGGGAACAACGGCAGGCAUGGACAGGUCACAGUUAGGCCCCAUUAUUCAUGCUAAAUGCAGGUCUGAAUCUAGUAUAAUCCCAGCUGAAGAUUUUGGGCUCAAUGAAGGGGGCACCUAUGGAGAAGGCAGUCAAAGAAAACGAAUGCGGGUUGACUAGAGUUGGCCAGUUUUGUGCACCGUAACUUGCGAGUUUCCGAUUAGUGUAUGCUUUUACAUAUUUUUUCAAGUAGAGCUGAAUCAUUUGUAAUACGCGGCCACUUGCCAAAAUCAUGUACAUGUAUAGUAGCUCUGGUUACCUGCAUAUUUUCUUGCAGUCAAAGGUUAUAUCUAACCUGCAAUUUUGUCGUUCCUGAUAUUCGUGGUCCCCACAAAAGCACAAUA